CCGGUGCACCUUUGUCUGGCUCCUGGCAGGGGCGUGUCGCCUCGUUCGGGCCGUGGCCGCAGGUACCCGCACAGCCAGGCCCCAGCGAGCACCUUGACAUGCCGCAGCUCCGUGUAUGUGUGUUGCGUGUGCGUGUGUGCAAGGGGGAGACUUGGCAGGCAAACAGUGCCGCAGCCGGCUUUAUCAUAGCACAACCGGGUGGCAGUAGGUUUGGGAUGGGGGGUGGGGGGAAUGCAGGCCGUCGCCCCCAUCGCAGCCCUCCCUCCCUCCCAGCCACACGCGCGCGGCGUUGGCAGCCGGCUCAGGAGCUGGGAGCCUGACAGUGUGGUGUGGGCCUGGCUGCGGGCGCCAGGAGAGCGCCACGGCUCAGCUUGCCGCUGGGCUGGCCGGCUGCUCUAGGCGCACUGCCUUGGGCCCCAGGAUGCUGCGAUACUACAGCCACGGGGGCCAUGAUGAAUUCCACCCCUUCAUCGAGGCCCUCCUCCCUCACGUCCGUGCCUUCUCCUACACCUGGUUCAACCUGCAAGCCCGCAAGCGCAAGUACUUCAAGAAGCAUGAGAAGCGGAUGUCCAAGGACGAGGAGCGCGCUGUGAAGGAUGAGCUGCUGGGCGAGAAGCCUGAGAUCAAGCAAAAAUGGGCGUCCCGGCUCCUGGCCAAGCUGCGCAAAGACAUCCGCCCCGAGUUCCGCGAGGACUUCGUGCUGACCAUCACCGGCAAGAAGCCGCCUUGCUGCGUCCUCUCCAACCCCGACCAGAAAGGCAAGAUCCGGCGCAUCGAUUGCCUGCGGCAGGCCGACAAGGUGUGGAGACUGGACCUGGUUAUGGUCAUAUUGUUCAAAGGGAUCCCCCUCGAAAGUACUGAUGGGGAGCGGUUGUACAAAUCACCGCAGUGCUCAAACCCAGGCCUCUGCGUCCAGCCCCACCACAUUGGAGUCACAAUUAAAGAACUGGAUCUUUACUUGGCGUAUUUUGUUCACACUCCUGAAUCCGGACAAUCAGACACUUCAAACCAGCAAGGAGAUGCGGACAUCAAACCACUGCCCAACGGGCACCUGACCUUCCAGGACUGCUUCGUGAGAGAGCUUGCGCACAUUGCUCAGGAGAGGGCAGGGCCAUGCGCGCCCGUGGCCACGGCCUCGGGCCCUAACUUCUCACUGGCGGAUCUGGAGAGCCCCAGCUACUACAAUAUCAACCAGGUGACCCUGGGUCGGCGCUCCAUCACCUCGCCACCCUCCACCAGCUCCACCAAGCGCCCGAAGUCGAUCGACGACAGUGAGAUGGAGAGUCCCGUGGAUGAUGUCUUCUACCCUGGCACCAGGCCCUCCCCUGCCGCUGGCAGCAGCCAGGCCAGCGGUUGGCCCAAUGACGUGGACGCAGGACCGGCGUCUUUAAAGAAGUCCGGGAAGCUGGACUUCUGCAGCGCCCUGUCCACCCACACCAGCUCCCCGCGAAUGGCUUUCAGCCACCACCCGCUGCCCGUCCUGGCUGGAGUCCGACCAGGCCGCCCCCGGGCCACAGCCUCGGCCCUGCACUUCCCCUCGACGUCCAUCAUCCAACAGUCCAGCCCCUACUUCACCCACCCGACCAUCCGCUACCACCACCACCAUGGACAGGACUCGCUCAAGGAGUUUGUGCAGUUUGUCUGCUCUGACGGCUCCGGGCAGGGUGCCGGGCAGCAUUCGCAGCGCCAGGCUCCUCCACUGCCAACCGGUUUGUCGGCAUCGGACCCCGGGACGGCAACUUUCUGAACAUCCCCCAGCAGUCUCAGUCUUGGUUCCUCUGAUGGAAUCUCCCAGGGAGAGACCCCCUGCGCCCCCAUCCCCACCGCCCGCGGGCACCUCCGUCCAGACCUGGGGUCCCCACCUGCUCGCUUGCCCCCACGCGCUGGAGCCAACCACCACCGACGAGGUCUGUGCCCUCCAACCUGGAGACUCCCAACGCCUCCUGGACCUGCUGGCACCAGCCCCUGUGGCAGCUUGGGUUGGGGGGGACCACGCCCCCUGGCCCAGACCCAGCAGCAUCCAGGGCUCAGGGUGCUUAUGUGUGCUGGGAGCAAGCUCCCCCUGCCAUCCGCAAGCAGGGCUGCUGAGGAUUCUGGACAUUUCCCAGCAUGCUCAGCAGCCAAAACCUGGGGUGGGGGCGGCCAGAGGCUUCUCCCAGCAAACAUAAGCACCAGGACCUGGGAGCGGUGUUUGGCUCCCUGCAUGCCAGCCCCCCUCCCCUCCACAGGGGAGGGGGCACCAGUACAACCAGAUACCAGG